AUGUAUUGAGUCGGAGUUAGCAGUCUAGUUAUACUAUAGAAGUCUGUGAUAUGAAAGAUAUGAAGUUAUGUUGGUAGGCUCGAUAAUUUGACGUGUAUUGUGAAAAGGAAUACGUGUUUUGUUAUCAGGUUAUGGUCGAGAUGGGUGCAGUGAAGAAUUCCGUUGUAAAAAUCAAUAAAUGGGAUGGAGCAGCCGUGAAGAAUGCCUUGGAUGAUGCAGUUAAGGAUGUACUGACAAAGAAAUAUAAUUAUAUUGAAAAUUUCUCUCUGCUUGAUGGAAGGCUAGCGCUCUGUGGAAUUGCAGUUACAAUAGCUAUUGUAGCAUUGUUGUGUGAUUACUUAUAUCCAUUCCCUGUUUCUAAGCCUGUUCUAGUUAUCUGUGUUUCUUUAUACUUUAUCUUAAUGGGACUUUUGACACUGUAUACGACAUAUAAAGAAAAGGGUAUAUUUGUGGUUGCAAUUCAAAGAGAUCUAGCAGGCUUCAAUCCUGACUUAGUCUGGGAAGCUAGCUCCUAUUUGAAAAAAUACGAUGACAAGUAUAAUCUGGUUUUAUCAGUUAGAAGCGUAUCAUCAGGCAACAUUAAUGAAACUACUGUAACAAAGUCCGUUGCAAAUUUCAUCGAUAUUAACGGCGUGGUGAUUUCGGAGCUGAUAGAGUCUGUUGUGACGAAUAUGCACGAUAGUUUGACGUUGCAACGCAAGGAAAAGUAGCACAAUGUUUCCAAAUCUGAUUGAGUUUGUAUGUGAAAAUUUUCGGUCUAAUAAUUUUGGCAGUGUUUCAAAACUCUCAAUGCAAUAUUUUCAUAUUUUCGAUCUCAUACAUAACAAUGUAAAUAAUUGUCAUGAGAAAUGAAUAAGUUCAAUGAUCUACAUGUGUAUUGUAACUAACAUAUAUCUUAAACCGUACACACCAAAAAAGGUAUAAAUUUUUUUUCCAAACUA